AGCAUGUUGAUGAGGUUGACAUCACACAUGAUGAAGAUCUCUAUUUGGAGUGUCAAGAAGUAGGCACAGAGAUGAAAUGGACUUUCCAGAUCAAAACAGAGAGAUUGCUAUCUCAUGUGGCCUUGCUGAAGAACGAACCAGGAGCCAUAUUUAAUCUUGGUGACAGCUCUCACAAUAUGGCAUGUACAUAUUCUGUAGGAAACACUUUUGUGAAGUCUGGACUAUGUUAUGAAGUUACUGUCACCUUUACAUCUUCCCUCCCUGGUCUGUUCGAGCAGUGGCUGGUGUUUGACUUUGACAUAAGACCAGUGCUUUUGCAGAAGCUAAAGGUACGAGUAGGGCAAUCUCUUUUGGAACCUGAGGGGGCGUUUGAGACUUUUGUGCCCAUUUUGGAGCGAUGGCACAAAGGAAACCGAGUCAUCAACCCUUACAUCCCCCACUUACUAUCCAAAACUCAAGACGGGCUCCUGAAGACAUAUGAGCUCCCUCAGAAAAAGCAUGGGGCCAGCAAAUCAGCUGAUGACAUAACCACAAUCAGUCGUCAGAACUACAAGGAAAGAAUGCACCAUUUUCUGUUUGAGGAAGAACGUGUUGAAGCAGAAAUUGUUAGCAGGCUAGAUUUCCGGGGAAUCAUGAAAUUAUCAAACAACUUGGCAAGUCCUUACGAAGGGACAGGUUUCUUUGCCCUUCCUGGAGAGCUUUUUGGCACUUUGGCUUUCUCCUUCACGACAACACAAGGUGCUCCAGAGGGGUUCUUGCUGAAACGAGAGGUGGAAUCUGUUCUUGUUGGUGAGCUCACUUCCUGUGAUCCAAAUCAAAAAGUCUAUGAGGCUGCCAUCAUCAGAGAUAUUGCCAGUGAAAAAGAAAUACACCUGCAGCUGUCGAGAAAUUGCUGUUCAGACUUGGGCCUUCGAAAGGAUCAGGAAUGUGACAUGGAGGUCCAGUUCCAGCUGAAUCGUGUCUCAUUCUGUGAGAUGCACAAGGCCAUUGAUCUCCUCCCACGUUUGGAUAACGUGCUCCCAGAUUUCACAAACAGCUGUGUUCCUUCACAUUCAACAAAAUAUCCAGAGCUCAAUGCAAAUCAGCAGGCUGCCAUGGAGUUCAUCCUUGGUGACCUCGAUGGGAAAAAUGGUGUCGCUCCGCUGCUGAUAUAUGGGCCCUUUGGAACCGGAAAAACAUUCACAUUGGCCUCAGCUGCAAAAGAGGUAGUCUGCCAGACUGGUGGCCGUGUUCUUAUCUGCACACACACAAACAGCUCUGCAGACAUAUAUGUCCGUCGCCACUUCCAUCAGCACUCCGAAGCUGGGUGUCAUGAAGUCAAACCACUUAGAAUUAAAAAAACAAAGACAACGACUGCCGUUAGAGCCACAGAUCCGAUAACACGGAAGUACUGUCUUUUGUCUCCAGAUGGCCAAGUGUUCAUUUUUCCAAGGAAACAUGACUUAGACUCACACCGUAUUGUGAUAAUAACGACCUCAUGGGCAAAGAACCUCUAUGAUCUGAAGCUCCCUGAAAACUACUUCAGCCACAUCAUGAUUGACGAGGCCUCUCAGAUGCUGGAGUGUGAAGCCCUGAUGGCUCUUGGCCUGGCAGGCCCCAAGACUCGAAUCGUUUUGGCUGGAGAUCACAUGCAGAUGGGACCCAAGCUCUUCUCUGUGGAGGAUGACAAGCGCUCAGACCACACACUACUCAAUCGCCUCUUCUACCACUACCAGUCCGAAAGGAAAAAUGUUGCCUUGGAGAGCAGAAUCAUUUUUAACGAAAACUACCGUUCCAAUAAAGAGAUUGUGAAUUUUGUUUCCACCCACUUCUACACUGGCAAGAGAAAUACCAUCAAGGCAUGUGGAAAUGUACCUGCUCAUCCCAAACACUAUCCACUCAGGUUCCAUCAUGUUAGAGGGGAAUGGCAUUUACACCCAAGGAGCCAGUCUUUUUACAAUUUGGAAGAGGCUGAGAGAGUUGUAAACAUUGUUGGAGAACUUCUUGAUGACUGGCCAGCAAAGGAGUGGGGUCCACAAAAAGCAGAAGACAUCUGUGUUCUAUCGGAGGGUCACCAGGUUCAAGUCGUGAGAGAAAAACUUAGGAGAAAACGGCUUGGAGUAUUAGUGCAAAACUUAGCCAAUGUUCAAGGUAAGCAGUUCAGGGUGAUAGUGAUGACUGCAGUUCAGACACGAGAUCAAUUGCUACAGUCAAAUACCAGUUGUCUGGAGUUCUUCAAUGAUGCCCGUGUCUUGAACACGGCCAUGACCAGAGCACAGUCUGAGGUAAUAGUAGUGGGAGAUGCUGCAGCUCUCUGCUUCUUUGGGAAAUGCGCCAAAACAUGGAAAUGCUACAUAGAGCAUUGUAUCAGGAAAGGGAGUUCCCAACCUGACCACUUCACAGAGGAAUUUCUGAGGAAGGAAGUGGAGGAAAUUUCAAGAUUCCAGAAAGCAGAAUGUAAUGUUGAUGCAGAAGACACUCCAUUGGUUGAAAAGGAUCAGAUGGAUCUGAUAUUGCAACAAAUGAUCAAUGACUAUGCAGAUGAAAACAGUGACCAAUCAGAUUCAGAGAGCAAGACACAGACUAACUGUCCAUCUCAAGAAAGCACAAGGAGAUUGUCUAAGAAUACACAUGUAUACAAAGGACGAUCUGAAGAUCCCUUUGAUGAUGAGUCUGAUAUGGGCAGAGGCAUAGGCCAUACUACAUUGCUUCCGAAAUCUGAAAAGGGUAGACCUAUUGUAGGUGAGUCCUUUCUCUGCUUUCUUGAAGAUGACUUCCAGCACAGAGAGCACAAAAAGGAGAGUAAGUUCAUUCAGAAAGAGAUGGUGUCCAUCAACAAAGAUGCACAAAAAAUUCGUGUGCUAAUACUGAAGCGCUCUAAAUGUUGGAUGCCGGUUUGGAAGCAUGAGGAUGGAGACUGGAAUAUCAUAAGGUCUGUACACAUUGAUGAGCAGCUGAGGCAGAAACAUUUGUUCAUUGUGCAGGUGAUUUGCUGGAAAGAUCACUGCCACUUUCCACUAGGGAAUGUGAUUGAUGUUCUUCUCAUUGGGACGACUGUAGAUGAGGGCAUAAGGGUCUUGAAUGUAAAGUUCAAACUAGACCAGUUGCAUCCUAGUGAUUUCACCAUUGCUGAUGUGGACCCAAGAAAUACAAAGGACUUAACGGGAUCAUUCACUUUUACUAUUGAUCCGGUUAAGGCUAGACACCUAGAUGAUGCAAUAAGUGUCUGUGAAAAUGAAAAAGGUCAUUAUGAAAUUGGAGUUCACAUAGUUGAUGUUGCAAAUGCUUUAAGAAAGGGUGAUGUGCUUGAUAGAAGUGCUGAGGAGAAGGGAGUCACAUACUAUCGCACAAGGGGAAAAAAGCCAGAAUUCAUGUUCCCAGACGAGGUCAGCAUGGAAAAAUGGAGUCUUUUACCAGGUGAAGAACGAAGAGUUAUUUCAUUAAUCACUGAAGUGGAUAAAGAAACUGGUUCAAUUAUUGACAAGAAAUGGCAGUUCUCCCUGAUAAAUUCGAAUGAGAAGCUGUCCUAUGAAAAAGUGGAAAAUAUUCUCAGCAACAUAUCAGAGAAUGGGGAAUGGAGAGCAGGGAAUGAUCAGUUAAAGAGAGUGAAAGACUGCAUUCAAGUGGCAUACCGAUUUUCUCAGAUUUGCAGGAAGGACAGACUUCAGAGGGACUGGUUAUAUUCCCAACCACGCAAAUAUCAGACUCCAGGGAGAAGGAGAGCCCACCUCAUGGUAGAAGAGCUUAGCAUAAUGUUUAAUCAUGAAAUGUCCAGAUAUUUGAUUAACAACAAUGAAACCAAGUCUUGCUGUCCCCUGAGACGCCAGAAACCUCCGGAUGUCGAGGAGGUAACAAAACUUAAAGAGAGAUACAUGGAUCUGAUACCGAUGUCAGCACAUUUGAAACAUCACUGUGGUGUUGAGGAACAGGAUGUAGGAGAUGGAGCUUUCACUGUUUUGUCAUCUAUCUGGAGUAAUAUAAAAGAAGCUGCCGAAGGAGGCCAAUAUGACAUCUUGGCUGACUUAAUUGGAGCUGAUGACUGUUAUCCACAACUUCUGCCUGUAAUUUCAAAAUUAAGAGGUAUUCAGGAUAAAGCCAAUUUCAUUCGCUCCAACUCUUGUGACGAAGCUAAUGUCAGCCAUUAUUCACUUAUGGUUGAUACAUACACGAAGGCGUCUUCACCCAUUAGGCGCUAUAUCGACAUUGUUUUGCAGAGGCUCUUCCAUUCAGCUUAUUUUCACAGCUGUGUUGAAUAUUCUGAAUUAGAUAUUGACAAAUUGUGUAAACAGUCUGAGAAAAACAACCAAAAGGCCAAGGAGUAUGAAAAACAGGUUGAGAUCUUAAGUCUCUCCAUCAGCCUUAGAGAGAAAAGCUCUUCCAAACUGGCUUGUGUGGUGUUUGUAAACGAACAUAAAGAUCAUUUUAUGGUGUCUUUCCUACAUAACAAUGGUUCGCUGCCUGAAAAGCUGUCUUUACUGUAUAGAGACCUGCUAUUGGACAACCAACCGAAGUUUGAUCAAGAUGGAGUAAAACUAAAGUGGAGGAGACGAGUGUACACAUUACACAGUGCAAGGGUGCGGGCAGAACUGAGAGAACUGGAAGAAGGCAACCCAUGCAUCAAGGUCCCACGGAGGACAUGGCAUGACAUUGUAACGGCAGUUCAAAGGAAGGACUGGGCUAAGGCAACCUCUCGCAUCACAGCAUAUGAAAAAAGGAGGGUGGAGAAGUCUGAGGAAUCAGAAAGUGAAUCUGGUGAUGAAAUUCUGCCUGAAGAUGGGAACUUAGAUCUUGGAAUUCUGGAGCCUCAACAUGAUGCAUGGCAGGAUGAGCACUACACUGUGCAUUCCCUUCAUUUGGAACAUGGCAAAACACUAAAAGUACAGCUAACAGCAGUGACAGCGACUCACAAGGGUUCUUGGAUCCCCAGACCUCAGCUCCUGUAUGUUAAGCCGAACUUUGUGGUUUGUGUCGAGCAUGCUCAUCAGCCUACAGAUUGUUUCGCCAAACAGGCUGAAUGUUACACCAAGAAUUCCUUUAAAGACGUUGAGGAAUAUGUAAGGAUCUGGAAACCACUGUGUAAGAUGGUGUCUGCUAGCAGUGCAGUAGGGGAUGGUGACAGCAUAACCAUUGAAGAUGUUCAUAUAGCAUGGAAACAAACAGAAAGAGGCUAUUUAACUGAAGGGAGCUUCUCUUUACCCAUGGAGUUCCUCCAAACCAAAAGAAUUGAGUGUGACCUGGCCCAGUGUUACCUAUGCAUUAAGAAAAAGAAUCUGAGGUUUAAAACUGGACCGUUAGAUGACUACAGUGAUCCUUCCACUUCAUUUACUUGGGUGGUCCAUGGAGUGGUGACCAGAUGUGAAAGAAGUGGGAAGAAAUCCCGGAAUCAAUCAAAGACUGUAAAAUUCUACAUCAACAACAGAUCAAUGGAACACGUUCCAUAUGAAGUCCUCAGACUGGAUUCAGACUUCUCAAUUGAACUUAUCCCCAAGCUUCCUCCGGAUGUACGGACAGAAAAUGCUAUUAACAACAUUGUGAAGGCAAAUGAUCUUGUCCAGAAAAUUGCACUUGGAUGGUCUAUCAAAGACGACUCUGAGCCCAUACCAAAGUUCCGAAUCCUGAAACAAAUGGAAGAACACAUUCUGAAAUCACUUCCUGAUCUGAAUGAUAGUCAGCAAAGUGCUGUAGUGCAUGCUGUCAACAACAAAUUCACUUUAAUACAAGGUCCACCAGGUACUGGGAAGACUGUUGUUGGAGCCUACAUAGCAUAUUUAUUCUGUAAACGUCUGGCAGUGAUUGAUCCUGAAGACAAGAAAGAAGUUGUUCUCUACUGCGGUCCAUCCCAUAAGUCAGUUGAUGUUGUCGCUGAGUACCUUCUGAAAUUUGAAGACAGCCUGAACCCUUUAAGGGUGUACAGCAAACAGACAGAGAUGGAGGAAUUCCCCUACCCAGGAAGCACCCUGCAACUGUCACGGAAAUCAUGCCCAGAAAAAUCAAGCCCACAGCUCAGGAACAUUACUCUGCAUUAUCGAAUUCGGGACAAUGAAAACCCUUUCUCAAAGAAAAUAAAGGCCUUUGAUGAGAGAAUCAAAACCGGUGAAAUUUCUGAACCAUUAACAGAAGCUAAAGAAAAGGAAAUAGAAGACUACAAAGAACUGCUCAAUAAAGCAAGGGAGUAUGAGCUAAAGAGACACAACGUUAUCCUCUGCACCUGCACAGCAGCGUCCUCUGCAAGCCUCACAAAGUUCAUCAGCGCCAAGAUGAUCCUGAUUGAUGAAUGCGCCAUGGCAACAGAGCCGCAAGCUCUGGUUCCACUGGUCAGCUACUACCCCCAGAAGAUUGUAUUACUGGGUGACCACAAACAAUUGCGACCCAUUGUGAAAAAUGAAAGGGCAAAGAGGAUGGGCAUGUCAAGGUCUCUCUUUGAGCGCUGUAUAACCUCCCAUACAUAUAAAAAGGAAGCUUGUACACUCAACACCCAGUACAGAAUGCAUGAAGAUAUUUGUAAGUUCCCAUCAAGAGCUUACUAUGAAGACAAACUGAAAACAGCUGCCAAAAACUCAAGGAGUGUCCUACAGAUAAAAAGGCCUGGUGUGACACGACCAACUCGGACAGUCUUUGUGGACAUUAAGGGGAAAGAGAUCAGUCAGUUUGUUUCCACAAAAAAAGGAAAUGAAAAAUCUGUUAGAAACUGUGAGGAGAGCAUCGAAGCCACACAAAUAGCUGCCUCGUUGGUUAAAAAGGGUCACAUCAAUCAGGAAGACAUUGCUAUCCUGUCUCCGUACAAUGCUCAAGUGUCCGAUAUUAAAAGACGGCUGAAUGAAGAGAAGCUUACUCAAAUCACCGUCUGCACUAUCACAAAAAGCCAAGGCAGUGAGUGGCCCUAUGUGAUAAUGUCUGUGGUGCGUUCAAGCCCCAGCCCCAUUACAGAGGCAAACACAAGGGAGUGGCGAUCUAAGCAUAUAGGCUUUGUGGGGGACGCAAACCAGAUCAAUGUGGGCAUCACCAGGGCUAAAGAUGGCCUCUGCAUUUUAGGUAAUCAAGAAUUGUUGACACGCAGUAAAGCUUGGGAACAACUUCUGAAAUUUUACACAGAGAACAACUGUGUUGCUAAGGAGGUUGAUGUCAAACGGCCUACAACUUCUAGCUGCUCCUCUGUGACACAAGCAUGAAGAGAGUUCAAUGUUUUUCCCUCUGCAUAGGGGGAGCCUUCAAGGUGGUGGGUGAGUGUUGGAUUUACUGUAGGACAGGCUGCCUCAGAGAUGGUUUUAGAUGUACUGUACAGUUUAACAAACAUCAACAUAAAUAAUCAUAUAAAUGACAAUUGUACAAAUACAUAAAAAGUUAAAUUGCGUUUUGACCUCCAACCAGGGCCUGCAAGUAAGAAUGAGCUAGAAUAUAUGAUGGGCUAAAUUAAAGGUAGGGUAUAGAAUUUGCCUUUUUUUUCAAAAUCAUUUGAAAUCCUAUUCCUAACCCACUUACAGAGUUGGCUGUAAGUAUGGACAUUUCAGUGCUCCGACCGACCCUUUCGUUCGGCAAUCCUUCGAACCUUCGAACAUUACAUUUUACCGUGACUCGAAGUGUAUUGUUAACCGCUUGGAGCUACAGUGGAAUAGGCGAACCAACGGGCCAGCACUAAACUCGGAUAUUUCAGGAGGUAAAAGAACCAAACCAGAUUCUGUUCAAAUAUACACACCUAUGGCUACUGAAAAAUGUAUGGUUAAUUUAUCAAAUAUUAAUUUGGUGUAUUAAAAAGCAUUGUUGUUUUAGAAUUUCCAAACGAAAGGGCGGGUAGCCUAAUUGGUGCUUUACGAUAAUGUAUAAAAUCAUCUACCUUGUUGUCUGAUUUGUGGAACUAUUACCUACAAGCCUUUGGAGGUGAAUAAAGAAAGUAAAUCUAGUUAGCUAAGUAACCUGCUUGGGGAAGUUGAUAUGAGCGAUUAUAUGGAGACUAGAGCUCAUACUGUAAGCGCUGUACAGACGCCAGGGCUGGCAUUUCAUUUUGUACAGCUCCAGAGUGCCUAGCCUGGCUCGCUCUCGCGCAUCUGAAUUCUCGCUCUGCGUGAAUGCGCGUCCAUGGAGGGAGGGACUUGAGUGUAUUUUCAAAAUCUGCCGGCUGUUUUGGGAAUUCCAUACCCAACCUUUAAGGGUUUUUUUUCUUUUUUUUUUAUCAGCAAGUUAUGUUUUGUAAUUUUUAGAACAUUGUAUACAACUGAUUGUUUUUCUUGUCUUUAUUUCUAAAAGGUCUUAUUACAAUGAAGUUUCUGUAUAGGCUAUCAUAACAUGAAAGAGACAUACAAUUCCUUAUUCUCAGCUGUGGCUUUAAAGGUAAACUAUGCAAUGUUUUUCAGUUAAUAAAUUCGUUCCAUACUGUUAUAUAUGAUUAAAUGAGACAUUACCAGUCGAACAAUGUUUUUUUUCGCCCGCCCUAGUGGUCUGUAGCGGUAGAACCACGCUUGCAAUUUCAGGAGCCCUCGGGCACGCACCCAUGCUCUACUCCAGGAAGUGUCAUGUAAAGUCUCAUGAAAAGGCACUGCAGACUGACCGAUUGAGGAGUUUUGUAAAAUAUACACGCUAAAGCUGUAGGGGAAGCUCUGCAGAGAAAUAUGCAAGCAUAAAACGAGCGAAAACGAAAACCGAAAGCGAAACCGGCGAUGAAAUCGCCAAAUCCUGCAUAGUUUUCCUUUAAAUGCAAUUUUACAUCUUUGCUGCUAGUGUCCACUUGUAUGGACAGUUGAAUGACUUUUAAAUAAAAUUGAAUUAUGUGAAAUUUGUAGGUCUCUUUUGAGUAAUCACAAUCUUUAAAAUAUUAUCUAAAUAAUUAUUUUAAUUUUUUUUGUUUAAGCAAUAACCCACUCCGCUUCUCGUCGUGCCUAACAACGCCUUAGCUGUUCGAUUAUACAGUAUAACGCACGGCCUCUCGGGGCUUAUCGCUUAAACAAAAAAACCACUGCAUUUAGAAUGUUUGUCACAAACAUUUAUAUAUUUGUAUCAUAUUUGUAUUAAAUAUAUUUGUAUAGACAAAGGGUAUAUUGUGCUUUUGUUUUAUUUGUCUAUUGUGUGUUUCCCUGUGUAUCCUCAUUCUGUAAGUCGCUUUGAAAAAAAAUGUGAACUCAACAUUAAGAAUCAACAACAAUCACAAUAA